GGGAGUUUUUACCACUUUUGUAAAAUUUUGUGAAUUUCGUGAUAAAAAUACGAACAAAAUCAAGUCCUUUGCAACUCCCGCUAUUUUCCCGUUGGAAAAGUGGGCCGGAAAAGUACAAGAAACUUGGAAAACCGCUACCAAAGUCGCGAGAGUCGCGAAAGAGAGCACAACAAAAGCUGAUUUUCUGAAAAUUGUCACAGAAAAUCGCGCUGCUUGGAGGGAAUGGACGACACGGGUCGAGUGUUUCUGUAGAACCGCCGGGAAUUGAGGUUUCCAAUUUCUCGCGUACCGCGGGACCCUCAGGAAAACGCGAUAAACCAACAAAAAAUGGGCCGUGCCAAACUCCGGAGUCGUGUGACUUGCUCGAGCGUCGUCGGUUGUUUGCUAGCAAUAUCCGCUUCUUGGCUGACUGCCACACCUAGUGCCACCACCAACUCCGUACUGGCCGUCUCCACUUCCCCGGCACAACUUCGUGCGGGCAACGCCGGUCGCGAUACCGUGGCCGCGGCUGCGGCGGCCACAGGGUGGUACGAGUCGGGUGACGAAGAGGAAGGUUACUGUGCACCGUAUAACGGCAAAGUGUGCAAGCGGUUCAUCAACAGCCGGCAAGUAUGGUACAGUCGGGAGGACGGUACGGGUGGCUGGGAGAACGAAAAGAUCACCACCGCACUGUUUGAGGAUCUUAUCAACGAUCUACCACCCUACUGUCGGCCGGCAGCAGAGAAACUCCUCUGUGCCUACGCGUUCCCGCAGUGCGUGAUAAAGGAGGCCACGACCAUCCGGUUGCCACUGUGCUAUGAAGACUGCGUGGCGACGUAUUUGCAGUUUUGCUACAAUGAUUGGGCGUUGAUUGAAGAAAAGAAGGAGCGGGGAGAUGUGAUUAAAUCGAGAGGACAUUUCCGACUGCCGAACUGCGAAGAGUUGCCACGCUAUAAUCGAACAGCGAAACCUCCCGUAUGCUCGCACGUCGGUCUGACGGAGCUAGUUCCGGAGGAAGUGACCUAUGAUUGUCGUAUGGGUAGUGGACGAUUUUAUCUCGGUACGGUGAACGUAUCGAGCAGUGGCAUUCCGUGCCAAAAGUGGGACUCCCAGGAACCGCACUCACAUCACAAGCCACCGCUCGUGUUUGCCGAAUUGCAGGAUGCGGAAAACUACUGCAGGAAUGCGGGAGGCGAAGAACCAACGCCAUGGUGCUACACUACUGAUAAGACCGUACGGUGGCAGGCCUGCGAUAUACCUCUUUGUCCUAACUCAACUGAUGCUAGUGACAUCCGUCCAAAGAUCGACAUGACGAUGGAGUCCGUGUUUACGCCUUCGAUGAUUUUCCUGCUCUCCGGCAUCGGCUUUGUGGCGAUUGUGCUGCUCCAUCUGAUGGUCCUGCUGUGCUACCGUGUGUCGCGCCAUCGACGCAAUCGCCGUCCGGCGGGUGCGGCCAGUUUUAAUACGACUGCCGGCAGUACGGCCGGUCCCGAUGCGGCCGGGAUCGACAUUAACAAGCUUCCGUCGAAUGCGAACUACCACCGGACGGGGGCACAGCUGAAUCCGAAGCUCGAGAAGCUAGAGUUUCCUCGCAACAACAUCAUCUACAUCAAGGAUCUGGGCCAGGGUGCGUUCGGUCGUGUGUUUCAGGCCAAAGCGCCAGGGUUGGUGGCGGGCGAAGACUUUACGCUCGUGGCCGUAAAGAUGCUAAAGGAUGAAGCUAGCCAGGAUCUGCAGGUGGACUUUGAGCGCGAAGCCUGUUUGCUGGCCGAGUUCGAUCAUCCGAACAUUGUGAAGUUGCUUGGUGUGUGCGCCAUCGGACGUCCGAUGUGCCUGCUAUUUGAGUUUAUGGCCCGGGGUGAUUUGAACGAGUUUUUGCGCCAGUGCUCUCCGUUUGCGCAACAAAACCGUGCCGAUAGCAUUAGCACCGAGCUGUCGCACGGUGAUCUGCUGAACAUUGCCCAUCAGAUCGCGUCCGGUAUGAUGUACCUUUCGGAGCGCAAGUUCGUGCACCGGGAUCUGGCCACCCGUAACUGUUUGAUCGACGAUCAGAUGGUGGUGAAGAUUGCCGACUUUGGGUUGUCGCACAAGAUCUACCUGCAGGAUUACUACAAGGGUGAUGAGAACGAUGCUAUCCCGAUCCGCUGGAUGCCGCUCGAGAGUAUUCUCUACAAUAAGUACACGAUCGAAUCGGACGUUUGGGCGUACGGGGUGUGUCUGUGGGAGAUAUUCUCGUUCGCGAUGCAACCCUACUACGGCAUGACGCACGAGGAGGUGGUAAAAUUCGUCAAGGAAGGCAACAUGCUUGGCUGCCCGGAGAACACACCAUUGACGGUGUACGAUCUGAUGCGUCGCUGUUGGAGCCGGAAACCGAACGAUCGGCCUAGCUUUCAUGCGAUCUAUCAAAAACUGCAGCAAAUACGGGCCGAUUUCGAAGGCAAAAUGCUUAUGUAGCCACCCGGCAGUUGUAGAUAAGAGUCCCUUCCUCAACCUUCCUAAACAGCAGCAACAGCGUAAUCCAGUGAAAAUUCAGUGGUGGACCUCAUUUGUGACAAGAACAAGCGAGACAGUCGCUUGUUUUCUCAUUUGCCAGUCCUCGAAGGUUCAGUAUUCCGGUACUCGUUUAUUUUACCCACGAAACACACAAAACAACACACUGCCAAUGCUCAAAGACUUUAAUUUUUCUACUAAGCUUCAAAUGGACUGCCAGAUGGAAAUCUCAGUAUUUUACGUAUUUAUUAUUUUGCGACCACACCGACCGGCCAUCGAUCGGCCGGCGGAUGAAGCAUAAUUCCUCGAAAUGAACUGACAUAGUUUCUAAUCAUUAUUUUUAAUUUGUUACGGGAGGACAACUGGUUUGGCUCAUUCGCGCAUAUCUCUAACACGUAGUCUCUAGGUAUUUUUAGAUUAAAUUUGAUGCUUCAUCACAGGCCAUUACGCGAUGGAACUUGGUAACAUUUUUGUUCAUUUGUGCCGAUCCCCAUCCCCCCUAUUUCCUCUUUUUCCAGUAGUUAAUAAGAAUGCUAAGAUACCCAAAGGUGGUUAUCCCCCCCGGAUCUGCCAGUGUUUUACCGGUAAUUGCCACGGUAUGAAUGUUGUGCAGAACGGUGCCGAUUUGGGGUUGGACCAUGCGUGAGUGUACGAUUUCUUUAUAAAGAUUGCAGUAGAUUGUAAGCGGGUACAAUAAUGGAGUGUGUGAGAGUGAAGUUUGCGUAAAAAUGAGUAAUGGAUCGGGUGGUAACCAUUGCUGGUUUCAGUAACCAGUUGCCGAGCGCUGCACUUUUCGAGAGUGCACGAUCAACAGUCACGAUACUAGUAGUUCUGUAAGCCACAAUUAAAUCUUUCCGCUCACGAGAUCAGUAGACCUGCGUUUGUGUAGUUUGAAUGUUGAAACCAUAAAUCCAGCUCCCACUCUGGUGCACGAUUGCCUAUGCCUCCAGAUGUCUCUUCCCAAAGAAUCUUAGGUUUUUCGUUUCAUUUGAUAACGAAAAGAAAGGCGAAAGGUGGGUUGCUGGAGAAGAGAAUGUGUAAUAAUUUAUUUGGAUAAAAGACGACAAGGAUGCGGAGUGGCUGGUAUAGGCUCCAAAGACGCAUACACAAGGGGACGCAAGAGAUGUCUUAUCAGGGAAGGAGAAAGGAGCCUGGAGCUAAGAAAGAGCGUACCCAAAAAACCAAACCAAACAAUGGCAUGCAAAUGAAGAACGAAAAUAAAUAUAUAUAAAUGUGUUUUG